AUCCCUAUGCUCCCUUUAAAGAUCAACGUCAUGGAUGGCCUACAAGUCAUAGCUACCAUUAUCGUUUUUCUUCUSGCUUUGUACUGGAUGGGUACUUACAAGUUUGCAGUCAUCAAGUCCCUCAACCUCCCUGGYUCAAAACCCUGGCCCUUUCUUGGUAACAUCCCAGAUAUUUGGAAAUAUGGCASUAUUUCCUAUAUGCUUCUUGAGUACCGAAAACGAUAUGGAAAGGUGUUUUAUGUUUGCAUUGGACAACAAACCUCGAUAGUUGUUGCUGAUCAURAAUUAAUGAAGCUGAUUGCAGUCAASGAGUUUGAUAAGUUUCGCAACCGCGCAAUUCCCAUUAAACUUCCUCCUCCUUACUGCCUCGGGGUAGGUCUAGCUUCAGAUGGCGACUGGAAACGUAUUCGAUCUACAUUGACUCCUACAUUUAGUGGUUCAAAGAUUAAACAAAUGGUCCCGCUAGUACAACAAUCGUGUGAUGUCUUGAUCAGUAAAUUUCAUAAAGAAGCUGACGCAGGAAAUACAAUCAACAUCAACCAAUUCUGUCAGCAGUAUGUCUUAGAAAUGGUGAUGUCCAUUGCAUUUGGAAUGGAAAUUGACGUCCAAACCGAACCUCAAAAGGAACUAGUCGAUAACGUGCAAAAGCUCUUGACCACUGGCGCCGUCAUAAGUAUGAUUUUACAAUCACUCCCAUUCUGUUCCCACUUUAAAAGGCUCCUUGGUUAUGUUAAAAAUACGGCUUUGCCUUACCAGUAUGUGCUCAAACUAGCAAGCCAAAUAAUUGAUCAGAGAAAGAAACGCGGUAUUGACAUCGGAAGAAAGGACCUUUUACACUUGAUGUUAACGACCAAGGAUAGUGAAGGCCAKCGAAUGCUGACAGACGAUGAGAUAUCUGCACAGUCGGUAGCGUUUCUGACAGCGGGUCUUCACACCACCAGCGGUCGAUUAAAAAAUGCUCUUUACCUUCUUGCACGAUUUCCUGACYUACAAGAAAAGRUGUACGAUGAAGUYGAAAGUGCUUUUCAAGCAAAUCCUGACAAACCGAUCUAUGAUUUGGUUCAAGAAAUGGAGUAUUUCAACUGUUUCUACAACGAAUUGUUGAGGGCAGGAGGUGAUAGAAUGACAUCCCUAUCCCUAUCAAUCAUGCGUGAGUGCGCUGAAUCCUGCACGCUCAAUGGCAUCUAUUUUCCAGCAGGAAUACCAGUYKAAUUUGCCUCUUUUCUCAUCCAUCAUGACACUGAUUUCUGGAAAGAGCCAUUCAAGUUUAACCCUGAAAGAUUUCGUGGACCAGAAAAAGAGCAACGACAGCCCAAUGUGUUCAACCCUUUCGGGAUGGGGCCUCGCAACUGCAUUGGAAUGCGUUUMGCGCAGAUGGAAAUCAGGAUCACAAUCGCUCGUCUUGUGAGGGAGUUCAGGUUCAUUUUGUCACCAGAGGCUAAAUAUCAGGAGAAUGACCUCCCUCCGCCGAAACUUGUUGAACUGAGAGUUGAACGCCGGCUCAAAAAGUAAAUGCAGCAUUUCUCCAUAUCUGGAUUUGUAAACUCAUGUAUACUAUUUACUUUUCAUUUUCAUUUUCAUUUUUUUUACAAUAGCUUUUCUUGAAUGCAAUAACAUAACUUGGAUCCGGGACAACCAAUUGUUCUUGGUUAGUAGGAAUCGUGGAUUUUAAAAUGUUUAGCUCAGUAGAGUAUGUCAGUCAACAUGAGAUAAUGUGACAAUAUAAYCUAUACACGUUAGUUAAAAAGACUAGAUUGAUUAUAACUUUGACAUGCAUGAUUGUUUCAAAUCCCUUAAUUAAUUGUCUUGCACCUCACAGCCAGAAGAACGAUAAACUGAUUGGUUGUAACCAACAUGAUUUGAUAUGGAAUAGUUUGAAAUGAAUGAAUUCAGUAUUGUUGAUAAAUGACAUAGUUAUAAAUUUCGUCUGUAAUGUAGGAAUUUUGAAGGUAAUAAUAUUUAGCUCCUUUUUAAUAAAAUGGAUCGAGUACUCCAA